GCUCACUGAUCAGCCGUGCCUAGCUUAGCUUGCACGCCGUAUUAUAUCAUCCUCCGCGCCAACGCCCACCAAGGUUGCUAGCUCCACCAAGCGGUGAAGAGGUAGCAAAUCUGUAAACAGGAGAAGUUAAACCAUCCAAGUACAAUGCCAACUGAUCUACCGGUACAUUUUCUAGAAGAUAUUACGAAAAAAUUCUCCGAUCACCAAAUAGUUGGUAGUGGUGGCUAUGGUCAGGUUUACAAGGGAGUGCUGACAAAUGGGACAGAGAUUGCCGUGAAGAAGCUAUAUGACUUGCGAGGACUUGAUGAUGUGCAAUUUAGCAAUGAAUUCAGCAACCUUAUGAGGGUGCAACAUAAAAAUAUCGUACGAUUUAUAGGCUAUUGCAAUGAAGCAAGACAUGAACUCAUGGAGGUUAAUGGGGAAGAUGUACUUUGUAAAAUGAUAUACAAAGUUCUAUGCUUUGAAUAUCUGCCGCGUGGAAGCCUGGAGAAUUAUCUGCAUGAAGAGUCUCGCGGGCUUGAUUGGUGCACACGCUACAAAAUAAUUAUGGGGAUUUGUGAAGGUCUUAGUUACCUUCAUGGAGGAUUGGAAGAACCAAUUUUGCAUCUGGACCUGAAACCGGCCAAUAUACUUCUAGAUAAUAACAUGGUGCCAAAAAUAGCAGAUUUUGGGGUAUCAAGGCCCUUCGGUGGCUCGCAUACACAUACCACUAAAGUUUGCGUAGGUUCAGAGUACUACAUGGCACCAGAAUACUUGGCACAACGUAAAAUAUCAAAUAAGAAUGAUAUAUUCAGCUUAGGUAUUAUAAUCAUCCAGAUAAUGGUGGGACAUAAAGGCUACUCAAAAUAUGGCGAAAUGUCAUCAACCCAACAAUUCGUCGAUCUCGUUGCAAAUAAUUGGAGGAAUAGGAUCGGGGACACAUCAAUGCACGCGAAAGAAGAGUGCCAGCAAGUGAAAAAAUGCGUUGAAAUAGCUGUACGCUGCGUCGAGGUUGAUAGACACAGCAGACCUGCUAUAAAUGACAUUAUCCAUGAGUUGAAACAGACAGAAAUUUAUACUAGAGCCGUGUCGUCAUCACAGGACCAGGCUAAGGUAGCCAAGAUUGGGCUGUGGGGUGGAGCUGGUGGUUCCAGUCACUAUGACAUUGAGGUGGCACCCCGCCGGUUGGAAAGCUUGAUAAUUUCUAGCGGUGAGGUCAUCUACUCACUUGAGUUCUCAUACAUUGACCACAGUGGGCAGCAGCACACAUCAGGCACAUGGGGCGGCUAUGGCCCAAAUAAAGGGAACAAACGUACUAAGAUUCAGCUUGGUCUUAUAGAGUAUGUAACGGAAGUUUCUGGGACAAUCGGACCAUUUGAUAGGGCACCCGCUGGUGUUAUUACAUCGCUUACGUUUAUCACUAAUAAGGGAAGCUACGGACCUUUUGGAGAAGUAAGAGGAACUCCUUUCCACAUCCCAGUGCAGGACAAUGGCAGCAUUGUUGGCUUUUUUGCACGUGCUGGGUGGUACGUGGACGCUUUUGGUAUCUAUGUUAACCCUAAGCAGAAAACAGUAGAAGACGAUGAUGAUGAGGAUUCCCUCGCGAAGAUUGGGCCAUGGGGUUGGAACGGAGGGAGUCAUCGGGACAUCAAGGUGGCACCACGGCGUUUGGAAAGCGUGACGAUUCAUAGUGGCAAUGUCAUCGAUUCACUUGAGUUCUCCUACAGUGAUCGUGAUGGGCAGAAGCAUUCGAUAGGCCCGUGGGGCGGUCUUGGUGGAACCGCUUAUACGAUAGAGCUUGGCCCUUUGGAGUUUCUAACUGGGAUAUGCGGGACCAUGGGCCCAUUUAACGAGGCACCGGAUAGGGAUGUCGUCACAUCACUCACGCUGAUCACCAACGCCCGUAGGCGCGGUCCAUUCGGACGAGGCGGAGGAAGUCCUUUCCAGAUCCCGAUGCGCGGCAACGGCAGCAUCGUCGGCUUCUUCGGCUGCGCGGACUCCUUCGUCCAUGCCAUUGGCGUCUAUGCCAACCCCCACCUGCAGGAAGCACCGGCACCACAGACUGGGCUUACCAGGAUUGGGCCAUGGGGUAGAAGUGGAGGUGAGUCCCACUACGUCGAUGCACCGGAGCCACAUCGUCUAGUGAGUGUGACUAUCCGUAGUGGUGACGUCAUCGAUUCUAUUGAGUUCUCAUAUGCCGACCAUGACGGAAGUGAGCAAGUUGUUGGUCCAUGGGGUGGUCCUGGUGGCAAUGCGUAUAAGAUUGAACUGAUGCCUCUGGAAUCACUUCAGGGGAUCACCGGAACGUUCGGUCCCUUGGAUGCAGCGUCACCUGACACAGUCGUCAUUACCUCGCUCACGUUCUCCACGAACCAAUGCCUCAGCUACGGGCCGUUUGGGCAAGGCGCCGGAGGCGGAGGGACUCCAUUCACGGCUCCGGGGGAGAGCGACGGGUGCAUUGUCGGCUUCUUCGCCCGCGCGGGGUGUUACCUCGAUGCGCUCGGGGUGUACACUCGCACGGACGCCCAACUUUACUAGCUCUUGUCCUCUGUUCGCUACUUCGCUGUUGUUGUAUCCUGCUUAAUUUUCAGCUUCUUUAUACUGUGUACUGCAUCUUCUAGCUAACUAGCUUGGUUGUCGCCUGCUACCUCAUUCUGUCUCUAAAAGACCUUUAUGUUUAGCUAUGUGUUGCAUCUGGAACAAAAUAUUUGAAACUUGAUUUUUCAGAUCGGAUAUGUCAAAUACGUGUGAUGGGAAAUAA